AUGCAGCAGCAGCAGCAGCUGCAGCAGCAGCAGCUCUGGGGGACACCAGACAAAGACACACAAAGGGCACUCCAGCGACUCUACGGCCAGCCACGGAGGCGGCCGCUGCAGCAACAGCAACAGCAACAGCAACGGCAACAGCAGCAGCAGCAACAACAGCAGCACCAGCAGCAGCAGCAGCAGAGUCCGGAGGUUCAGGGGAGACAAGGAAGACACAACGAAGAAGGGAAGCAAAAGGUGACCGAAAGAGACAAGCAGCAGCAGCAGCAGCAGCAGCAGCAGCGGGGCCGAGCAACAGCACAGAGAGACAGCAAAGGGGACACAAAAAGAGAAAAACGAAUCAAGGAAGGAAAGAUAAGGGAAAAAAAAGAAAAGAAAAAAGAAAGGGAGAGAAGAGACAAUAAAGACACAAGGGAAGGAGACAGAAAAAAGGGAAAAGAAAAGCGAAAGAAAACGACAAAAGAAAAAGGAAAAAGCAAAAAGGGAUUAAAAGAGAUUGAGAUGGAGACAAAAGAAGAGAACAAAAAAAGAUAA